UGCUAGUUAGUGGGUAUUCGAGGCCCCAGAGAGACGCGUUCGCUGGCCCCGAUGGACAAAGAUAAAAACAAAGAUAAGGGGGAUAAUGAUUCCGGCUCCUCAUCCGCCGAAUGGAGCGACAAGCUGGCGGAGCUGGUCGCCUGGUUCGAGGGCAAUCCCAAUCUGCCCGAGAAGAUCGAACCCAUAGUGAUGCUCCGAUUUCUCAAGUGCAUGGCAUUCGAUGUAAAGCGUACCAAAUCUCUGGUGGAGCUUAACUAUACUAUGCGGAAUAAGCACCCACAUCUGUUCAUGGAUCGCAACAUGGAGGACGAGAUGACCGCCAAGGGCCUGAGGGUGUCGGAUGUUCUGAUAUUACCGGGCAUUACGCCACAAGGAAAUAAACUGCUCUUCUUCCGUCUGGCAGAUCUUGAUCCACGUACGCGCAAUUCCGUGGAGGAGACCAAAAUCUUCUUUAUGAUGAGUGAUGCGCGAUUUACUAUGCCGGAUGUGGAUAGAGAAGUUGGGUCCGAAAACGGAGAGGCUUACGAACUGGACGAAGCGGAUAUUGCGAAUGGUGAUGUUCAGAUCGUGGACAUUGAGGGCUACACUCUGCGUCACCUGGCCUACGUGUCCAUUUUCGUGCUGCGAAUUUACAUGAAAUUCCUGCAGGAGGCGUAUCCCUCCCGCCUGCAGGCCAUGCACGUAAUCAAUUGUCCCUCCUACCUGGACAGGCUAAUCUCCAUGAUGUCCCCCUUCAUAAGGGAGGAAGUGCGCAAUAUGAUCAAGUACCACACAGAGGGCUUGGAGAGCCUCUAUAAGGAAGUUCCCAGGGACAUGUUGCCGGAGGAGUAUGGCGGCAAGGCGGGCUCUCUAGCGGAACUCAAGGCCCGGGGCGUUAAGUCCAUCAAGGACAAAAGUGCCUACCUGAGCGAUGAGCGUUACUGGAAAGUCUCCUCCCAGAGCAAGAGCCGCUGGUCCUGGUUCUGAUAUUCCAAUAAAUUAUUAGCUUCCACACAUAUCCUGCGAACGUGAUAUAUAUUCAAAUGUGAUCAACGAGCGCGCCUUGCCAAAGCAAAGGUAUCGAUUAGUCGGGGAAGUCCCUGAUAUAACUACAGGACUAAAAGUACAAUUCGUUACAGCUGUCCUUUGAGAAGAAUUUCUAAGUAUAUUCAGCUAUAUUUCCACUCUUUCCAUUUAUGUUAAGUGCAUUUUUUUUUUCAAUUAAGGGGUAUUAGCAGAAAUGUGAAACGUUUAUAUGACAAUAAAUUAAUAUAAUUGUA